CUUCAAACAACCCGACGGAGUAAGCAUGACGAUUCCUCGCAUUGUGUGGAACGUGAUGUCUGGGAGGUUGAGGCGCCGCCUUGCGCCACCUCCGCCAGGCAUUCUGAUCGACUUUCCAUCAGUGUGGAAGUCUCGGAUUGGGGUUGUUGAUACCGACACCAACCUCCACUUGAACAACUCGUCGUACUUUACGCAGAUGGAGUUGGCGUUGGACUAUGCUGUCGGGUACACUGGCAUCAUUGACCGUGUCUUGGCCAACAAGUGGAUGUUUCUUGUGGGGUCGCACGCCAUUCGGUAUCGGCAUGCCAUUCCACCAAACCAACCGUUUGAAAUCCACACGCAAAAUAUCCACUGGGACCACACGUGGGUGUACUUACGCGCUCGGUUCGUAUGCCCCGAGACGGGCAAGUUGUACGCCGAAGGACUUACCCGCAUUACCCUUCGCAAAGGACGGGAUACGAUUUCACCCACAGAGUUGCUCCGGUGUUUGUAUUCCCCCCACGAGGUGCGUUAUGAGCUGUUGGGGGCGGUGGCACAUUCACUUGAGUCAAUGCGCGGGUAGGUACCAGAGCUGUCUCCGCCAACCACAGUCCCCUUCCUCGUGACCGAAAUGCUGAAGUGGGAUGCAGCAUCUGAAGCCAGCAUGAAGGGCUUCGACUCGUCCAAUGCGGCCGGUUCCCCACAAAACUCGACAUGGCGACUGUUCCAGUCCAUCAACUGGCCAUGGGAAGCCUUCAAAGUGCCGCCGCCUCAAUCGUAACACACCACCGUCCCCUUCUGCCAUGCCAAAACUUGGCAGUUACAAUCUCAAGUAGACAAGUAAAAAAAUCUCACACACUUUGAUGUCC